CACCGCAUUGGAAAACCUACUUCAACAAAUUCAGGUUAAUCUGCCUGGCCAGAUGCAAGACAUUGAUUGCAUCAUCUGCACAAUUGAUGAAAAUGCAAAGUACAAUUUAUAUCCUCUUUUGACCGGGAUCGAAAAGGCAAUAUUUGAGCCAAUACCGGCUUCGAUAACCACAAAGCCUUUCAACCUUUUACCUACUAUUGGGGAUUGGAUGAUGCACAAAUUCAAUUUUCGCCAUGAUUGUCGAGUAGUCGAUUCCAUAUCGGAUCUGAUGGCAUCCUAUCUAUCUUGUCCUGUUGGACCGGAAGACAUCUUGGUGCAAUUGUCUACCUCUGAUGAGCUUUUGGUUCCCAUUCGAUCGGAUCAACAUGGGGAUGCAAGUUUAAAGUUCUUGUCAAAUCCUUUCUUCGUUCUUAAUGACCACAAAACCAAUCACAAUGGCCAUCGCCCAUUUCUUGCUCAGAUACGUUGUCAAGGCUUCGGAAAAGCACGAAAUACGAUCCGAGAAGAAUACACAAAAACAUGGAAAGCGUUCAAACAGCUUGUUCAAGUUGUAAGUCCAGGUGGAACUGCAGGCUUGGAUGAUAAGUUGUUUCUAUUCUUCUUAUUCGAUGAUCAAGAUGAUCUGCAAUCCGUCAGAAGAUAUGAAGUUGGAACUUGUGUAAGCGAAUUCAACGAUUUACGUGCCAAUCCUCGUUCAACGUUGGAAGGACAAGCAUUGUAUGUGCGCAAGAGAUUGUCCGAAUUGAGACAGAAAGAUUCACAGACAACGGUGGAUAAAACGAUCGGAUAUUGGGGUGCUUCGAAUUGUCUUCCAUUCAAGCCUUUUGAUAAGAAGAGCAUACCUAACAAGUGUUGGAUCACUAGCAACGAAACCUCAAAAGUUGAGACUGAAUGCAUUGCUGAUGUGAUGGGCCAGGUGGUUGGUGCACAAUGCUUUCUAAAUGGCGGCAAUGAGGAAUUGGCUAUACCGCAGUCCUGCAUUGGUGCGGUUUACUUCUGCCUCUUUCAACAGUAUCUCGAUCGCGGCCAACCAGAGAUUAGCUAUGAAGACUUCGUCCGAUCAUUUCAACAGCAACAAUCACUCCACACCCCUACGGGAAGUACAACAGCCUCAUCAUCUCCAACAGCAAGCCAUACGACUAUGGUGGAAGAACAUCAACGAACUCCUCGAGCCUCACGACGUCGACCAAGUCUGUUUAAUUCACCACACGUUCACUUUUCACUCGAUAAAGGAAGUAGUGGUGAUUCAACACCUACUUUACGAAAUCGAGCAAAUCGAGCAAUCUCCUCUGCUGCUGCGAUGCUGAAGGAUAAUGACAGCAUACAAGAUGUAGAAUCAACUCCAAGAUUGCGUCAAAGACAAAGAAGUGUUUCACUUUCGGCCUCCACUAUUUAUUCUUCUCCACCUUCAUCGACUUUUGGACAAGUUUUGAGUCCUCCAAACAGUUUGCACUCAGAACUUACCAACGAGGGAGAGGAAGAUUUACACCGAAUUAGUACAGAAUUCUCCUCAAUCGACAGUUCAGAUGAAGAUUUGUGGUUAUUCUAUGGUGCAAUGUUGGAAGAAUAUGUACGACUAUGGGAUUCCAUUCAUCGGAAUCGAACAAACACCAUCAAACCCUCAUCAUGA